GCUCGCCGUCGAGUGGUGGCCAUCUGUUGGAGCGUGAUGUCCUUACACGGUGUGAACUGAAAAAGAUCGAUCGCCCGAUCGGUAAUGCAGUGCAGCUUCUCGAGUAGCGUGGCGUGGCUUGGCUUGUCAGUUGUGAUGCUGCGUUGUUACAGUUGUUGUGCAUCGAACACAUGAGUUUGGCGGAGAAAUCGGAGCGACAAUAAACGUUUGUUUACUCUUUUCAACGGAGUCGUUUUUUGUAUAAUUAACGAAGGGAGCAGUUUCGUUAUGAAUCCAAUUGAACGUCGUUCGAAAUGAAUUAUGAGAAGAAAUUGCAAAGAGUCUGCAAGUGAUUUGUGAGGUUAUAGAAAUAUACACAAAACAAAGUGUUUUCUACACGUUAUAGUUAAUAAUCAAUUGUUGACUGUAAAACUUAUCAAAAUGGAGAUCAAACACUUAAAUAGGGCAGUAGACGAAUUAAAAGAGGCAAUAGCCAAUUUUCCUGUUGGAGCAACUACUUUGGAUGAUUUUAAACCAACCGAUGAAAAGAUCAUUGAUAUAAGAAAAUCUCUCACAGCAUUAAACGCCAGAAGACUGACUUUACAUGCAAUAAUUGACUCAGGAAUUUCAUCAAAUGAACCACAAGGUGAUUUGAUAAAAUCUUUUGAAAAGUUAAAUGAAAGUAGUACGAAUUAUUUGAUAAACUCUAAAACGUUGAAACUGUGCUAUCAGAGUAGAGCAAUUCAAGAUAUCGUUUACAAAGGUGCAGGAACGCCAGAAAUUCAAGAAAAGGUCAAAGCCUGUCUUAAUAAAUUAUUCAUGGUAAAUGAUAAAAUGACAGCAAAGAAUGAAAAAAGGAAAGAAUUAGUAAAAAAGCAGUAUCAGUUGAAGAAAGAAUUCCAUCAUGCUAUCUACCAUCACCAAGAAGUUUUACAAGAGAAAGAAGCCAGGAAAAAUCAGCAUCUGCAGGAAACCAAUCCAGAUAUAGUCCAAUUAAAAGAGAAAAUAAAUCGAUCAAUUGCAAAAAUUUACACAAUGAAGAAGCUUAUAACUAAUCUCAUUGCUGCAAUGUCUGAACACUUGCAAGAUAAUGAAGAGCUCAUUGAUAUGCUCAGUAAGCACAAAGAGGUCAUCAAUCUCGAGACUAUUAUAGAAUUAACUCAAAAACAGAGUUCUGGAAAUAGCUGAUAGUUGCAUAAAUUGUACAAAUUUCAACUACUUAUAUCAAUUAUUUUUGUAUCUUUUUUACACAAUUUUCAAUUGUAAUAUAUGCCGCCUAUACAUUCUACUUUAA